CGAAAAGUAGCGAUAUCAUCAGAUAAAGGUACCUUCUUUCCUAGUAAGGGAGGUGUAGUUUGUUUAGGUCAUCUGGCGGAUAGAUAGCACUGGUAAUCGGGGCGCCUCUGCUGGCGUUGAAAAAUUUGCACAUUAGCGUCAUGCUAGUGGCGGACUCGAACAUCUAGUUCUUUUUUCCAGAUAUGCGGUAUCGUUUUAUUAGUUUCCGUUCUUUCUUGGCAUUGAGUGCGCAAGCGCGGCGAUUCAACAACGCGCAGUCGACAAUACACGCCAGUUAUAGGACAUCGAAACAUCAGGCAUGGCUGAAGAAAGCAGCAACGAAUGCACGCCUCUCGACUUAAGCAUGAAGACCGAAGCAACACAGCGUACUAGCCGUGACGGUACCCAGCGAGCUUCAUCUACAUUGGGAGCCUACAGAACGAUUUCCGACGACGCCUUGCGCUACCCGGAGAACACGCACCACACGCCCACUACGGACGAGACUUGCAACGACGACGGUGUCUCUGACAAUGGCCGCACAAGUUUCCAGACCCGAGGCUCCAUCAGGAGCAUCGAUAAAGCAAUGCCCAGCACAAGUCGUGCUGGCGUGGAUGAAGCAUCAGCCACAUUUGAAGGCACUGCCACGAAUGCUCCUGGAACCGGAGGAAUGAAGGAGCAAGGCUCCUGCAGUGUCAGAGCAAGUGUUCAAUCUUCUGCCAAGAAGCCGAAACACAAAUGUGAAACAUGUGGUAAAUUUUUAAGGGCUGCCAAUCUAUCUGCACAUUACCGCACGCAUACCGGCGAAAGACCAUUCAAAUGUGAAAUAUGUGCGAAAUCAUUCGCGCACAGGUCGAAUUUGCGUGAUCAUGAACGGAUUCACACAGGUUUGAAACCCCAUAUCUGUCAUAUAUGCACUAAACCGUUCAAAAGCAAAACGGAACUUAACAAUCAUCUCAAAUCACACAGUAACGACAGACCUUUCGUUUGCGACAUAUGUAAUCGCUCCUUUAAGCACAAACGGCAUCUCCAAAGACACCGCCAAGGAUUUCACGUGGACGGAACACCGUAGGAGUGAGAGCAGUGUGGAUUUUGGUCCACAAAGAGAAAGCAUCGACGCACAUCUCUGCCAGAAUACUGGGCACUAAUUGUGUGGAGAUUCGUCUAGACAUGCAUUUGAACGAAUUGCACAUCCCGUGACGCAUACGAUGGGCAGUUUUAAGUGUGACUAGUGCGCAAGUGCAGUAAAUCGCCCAUGGGUUUUGUAUAUGAACGUGACCAUGCACCCGUGCAGAAAAAAAAUAAGCGCUGACAUUCUCCCGCUGGAGUGAUAAACUAACCGGACGCAUCGUGUGGAGAAGCGGGCUUCUUUUGACGUUUAAGACUGCUGAGUGACAUGCAAGACGUAAAUGAUGCCGCUUGAUUUUCCGAAAUUACAAAAGGAAACGUCGUCUCCAGCAGAAUUUGGGAUGUAUGAAUAUCGAAGUAUGUUGCAGGUCCUGGCUAGAGCUUAUUGUUUGUACAACUAUGUUGUUCGCCAAAGUAGCUUUAGCGAACUCAUUCCUAGACAAACCCUAAUGAGCAGCAAGUUCGUGUUUUGUGUCACUAGAGGGUUGAAACGUUCGCACAGAAUCGUUGACACCUGGUUCAGUUCUGUGCAAAUGGUCUGACAGUGUACUAGUAAACAAGUUUUACCUUAUCAUCGUUUUAAUUAUUCUGCAGUGUGAAUAGAAGAGAACACCUCUCAUUAGGAAACAUUUUCAAAGAAGGCAGUUUUCUUGUCAACUAAAAAAAAUAUCUCCCAAGAUUGAGGUCCCUAGGCCUUGCUGCCUUCCAGAGACCGCUUUUACGACAAUAUGUAGACAUAAACAUGGAGACAUUUAUGUCCCUUACAAAUUGUUCAAUGCACGUAAUGCUUUGGCUCACUCUUUGGCUCUUGUAUUCACAGCGAAGAUUUUUCUUCUUUAUCAUGCCAAUGAGAAAACGGAAACUGAAUUAGACUGAAAUCAUAUGCAGCUUCACAAUAUAUGUUCUACCAAAACGAAUAUUUCAGCUCUUGUUGUAUUGACGUGGAACUUCUGUCACUUUUAAUGUGCAGUUUCUCAUUCAUUUUGAAGGCGUCUCUUCUCCCUUGCACUCCACUCUAUUACAGCUGUAGAAUUUUUAGCCUGAUGUGACAAACGUGUCCCUGCGAGCAAGAUAGGUUUUAGUUAUACUAUUGACACGCGUAGUUCGUAUGUCUUCUUCCUGUGGGCGCGUUUCACCGGAUGCCCUUCUCAUUGCAGGACGCGCCUGCAUGCAUCAGAAGGUGCUCCAAAGUUCGGUCUUAUUUUUGGUAUUGUUCAAUUUUUAUCACCAAAUUUCACGCGCAGCACGAAUACAUUUGUGCACUCUAGAAGGCACGCGAGGACCAGCGAUUCCGCUGGAAUCUUCUACGAACAAUGUGUGAACAGCCGACGCUUGUUAAUCGUAAAUCUCUUGUUGGACGAUCGAUUCAUGUGCCCGGCACUAUUUUUCUA